UGAAUAUAGGAACAUUUCUCUUUGUUAUAAGUUAUUUAUCUGUAUAAUUCAUUCUUUGUAGUAACACAGGAAAACCAUGUCAAACUGGGUAUCUUACUACAGAAAUGAGGGAGAGGAGGAAGAAGAGGAAGAAGCAGAAGCAGAAGCAGCUGAAAACAUUGGAAUAUAUAAAUAUGGAGGUCGAGACACUUUGCUUUUCUUAGUGGAUGGCUCAAGAACCAUGUUUGAGUAUUUUGAUGGUAGUAAUUUAACACCUUUUGAUAUGGCAAUUCAGUGCAUUCAGAAUGUAUACAGGAACAAAAUCAUCAGCCAUGAGAGGGACCUUGUUGGUGUUGUGUUUUAUGGAACAGAGCAGCAUAAUAAUAAAAUGAAUGCUAAACACAUAUAUGUUCUCCAGGAUUUGAACAAUCCAGGGGCAAAACAAGUAUUAGAGCUGGCUAGCUAUGAAGGAGAAGAGGGAAAAGCUCUCUUCCAAAAGUCCUUUGGCCAUAAUGACAACUACUCAUUAGGCGACGCACUCUGGGUUUGUACUAAUCUCUUCAGUGCUGUCCCUUUCAAGAUGAGCCACAAGAGAAUCAUGCUGUUCACCAAUGAAGAUGACCCUCAUGGUCAAGAUAGUACUAAAACCAAAUUUGCUAGAACUAAAGCUGCUGACCUACGAGAAAUAGGAAUUUACCUUGACUUAAUGAAUCUAAAGAAGCCUGGAGGGUUUGAUAUUUCCUUAUUCUACAGAGAUAUCAUUAAUACAGCAGAUGAUGAGGACCUAGGAAUCCAGUUUGAAGAGUCUUGCAAAUUGGAGGAUCUUAUGAAGAAAGUACGAGCAAAAGAAACAAGGAAGCGCGCUUUAAGUCGGCUGAAUUUAUACUUGGGAAAGGAUAUAAUUCUUACUGUUGGCAUUUUCAACUUAGUCCAGAAGGCUGUCAAGCAGCCUCCGAUGAAACUUUACAGAGAAACUAAUGAGCCACUGAAAACAAAAACACGAACCUUUAAUCGAGAGACAGGUAGUUUGCUUCUUCCAAGUGACACCAAAAGAGCUCAGAUUUAUGGGAAUCGUCAGAUUGUGCUAGAGAAAGAAGAGACAGAAGAAGUAAAAAGAUUUGAUUUACCAGGCUUGUAUCUGAUUGGGUUUAAACCCUUGGUAAUGCUGAAACGAUAUCACUAUAUCAGGCCUGCACAGUUCAUCUAUCCUGAUGAGUUCUUAAUGAAUGGAAGUACUACUCUGUUUAAUGCCUUGUUAAUAAAGUGUUUGGAGAAAGAAGUGAUGGCCAUAUGUAAAUACAUACCACGUCAAAACAAUCCUCCCAGGUUUAUAGCUCUGAUCCCACAAGAAGAAGAACUAGAUGAGCAGAAUGUACAGAUAGUCCCUGCAGGUUUUCAUCUCAUUUUUCUACCUUAUGCUGAUGACAAACGAAAUGUUGACUUUACUGAGAAGAUACCAGCUAAUCAACAACAAGUGAAGAAAAUGAAGGAAAUAAUCCAGAAGCUUCGAUUCAAAUACAGAAGUGAGAGCUUUGAAAAUCCAGUACUACAACAUCAUUAUAUGAAUUUGGAAGCACUGGCACUGGAUUUGAUGGAGCCUGAAAAAGCUGAGGAUCUUACAGUGCCAAAGGUUGAGCUAAUGGAUGGCCGACUGGGUAGCCUUGCAGAGGAGUUUAAACAACUUGUUUAUCCACCAGACUAUGAUCCUGAUAGGAAAACUAUAAAACAAAAACAAGCAGGUAGUGGUACUGAACAACCAGAAAAGAAAGCAAGAAUGGAACUCUCUGAAGAGGUGGUGAGGAAUCAUGUUGAUAAAGGCACUUUGGGUAAACUUACUGUGCCAAUUCUAAAGGAUAUAUGCAGGGUUUAUAAGCUAACAGGUGGUGGAAAGAAGCAAGAACUUUUAGAUGCGAUAACUGAGCAUUUCAAUAAGCACUGAGUUUACACCCCCAACUGCUUCAAACAUUUUAAUGUUGAAAAUCUCCUAAGUGUUGAGAUUUUAACAAGAGAAAUGUUUUCAUAGACUUUUGAUAAAAGGGAGUGGGAAUCAGGUUUUUAUUUUUGUGAAAUUAAUAGAAAAAGCCCCACCCCCCUCUCCACUUCUGGUCCUAGAUUUGAUUGUGCAACUUUCAUCUGACUUUAAUAAAUAAGUUUGGUUUGGCUGCAUCAGCUUUUUCAUUUCACAUAUAAUACAAUGCACAAACUAGUAUUAUUUAGGAAAAUAGCUUAUUGGAACAAUAGUACUAUAUAAAUUUGGUUUGUACAUGUCUCAAAUAUAUAGCAAAUGUGCUCUGGUAACCUUUUCCCCCCCGACCCAUGUUACUUCUUCCCAGUCCAUGAUAGAAACAAGUUAGCCAUUCAGGUUUCAUAGAGGUUUUUUCUCUUCAGGAGGCAUCCUGUACUUUUUUAAAAAAAUAUUUAAAGCUGAAUGCAAUUUGCCUACUAUUUUGUA